AUGCCAUCCCUCACACCCCUCCGCAACGUCCUGCGCGUGCCAGCCACGGCCCGCAUGACGCCUUUUCCAGGCAUGACGCGACGGGGCCUGCGCACCACGGCGCCGGCCCGCAUGGCGUACAAGGACGACCAGGACCGGGAGUCGCUGAAGCCCAAGGCGCACGAGUACACGCAGUCGGGGACAGACGAGGGGGCGGCGGCGCAGUCGGACGCGGCCUUCAACCCGGACAAGACCAGCCCGGAGACGGAGAGGCAGACGGCGGGCGCGGGCCGCGGCGAGGGCAACGAGCUCGAGUCCAGCCCGGCCAACAAGGAGUUCGCACACGGCGGCGCGGCGAAUGACGAGGACACCACCAAGACCUCCAAGGGCAGCAAGAAGAGCAGCGGCAGCGGCAGUCCGGCCAAGGGCGGGAAACACAGCAACACCCAGCCGGGCGGUUCGGGCGGUUCGGGUCUAUGA